AUGCUCUUUGGCAGGGCCCCUCUCACACGGAGUCAGGCAGCCGCUGCCGCUCGGGCAGUUGUUGUUCCCAUUGAAGACUCCUCCGACGAAGAGACACAAGCAGGCUGCGGCUUCUCAGCAGCGGAGACAGCGGAGACGGUGAACAAGCGUGCAAACGCCGUUGCAGCUGCUGACGGCUCGUCAGGCCGUCUAGAGAGCUCAGUAUCAACUGUUUCGGAAGCCUCGUUUUUGUCAAAAACCUCUCCAAAUUGUGUGCUUGUGUUACAUGCGCAUCCUGAGGGUGGCUGUGUGUCAUUGGAUUUGUGGAAAAUUCCCACGUCGACGUCUGCAGACAGCGGAGAGGCUUCAGCAUCAAGCAGCAACAGCGACAGCGCUGCUGUGAGCGUGGUUUUGGAUAGAAGUGCAGUCCAUCCUUUCGAAGAGGAGGAUGGCGUGUCGAAGACUGCAGUCGUUCCGAAUGCUCUUAGGGUGACGAAUGGCAAAACAAUUCAAAGCGCUAUGCUGCCUGUGUCUUUGCUUGAGGGUCCAGACGUCGCCACAGAAAAAGGCUCCUCAGCAAGUGUUGCUGGUGAUGCUGACGCAGCAGCAGCAGCGCCUCACGCAGGAUGCAUCAAGACUGACAGUUUCCCGCCCUCUGACACGCUGCUGACUGCAGAGACUCUUUCUGCAACGGCAUCGCUCGAGCCGUCUGUACCGGUGCUGUUUCUGGAGCUGCAAGAGGAUUCAGAGUCUGCCCUGCAUUGCAGCAGCUUGCUGCAGCGCUUGUUGGAAGCCUCCUCUCAGCGGCUUGCUUCAAACUCCCCGCCGUCUAGACACAACACGCAAAAGAGGAGUAUAGACUCUGAGGGAUCUUCCCCGAGAGCCGCUCAUGCCCCCCCACUCGCUCCGUCUCCGCAUCAGGCAGGCGCUUCCGCAUGCUCCGAGAAGGCACUUUAUGCGCACAGGCUACCCAGCACUGUCUGCCCGAUAUCCAGUGAAGGCUUCCCUGCUGCGACGUCUACGCAGGGGAAGCGUGUGGAGGGUGGAGAUGUCUCCAUGGGAGGACUGGGGAGGAGAGGAUCUUGGCUGCUGCUGUAUGUGCGGUGUGCUUUGGAAGUGCCUUCCUUGUCAGCAGAAGGCGCAAGGGAGGAGCGUGGAGGUGCUCCUCCUGAAGCUGGCGAAGCGUCUCCUCCUCGCCGCGUGGGGGAGGAAACGGCCACAGCACCCCCCUUGCCGCUGCUGCCGCUGGAGAAGGAAGAGGAUCCACCGACAGACUUUCUUCUUCCUCUCGAGCAGAGGCGUGCAGGGGUGAGUGUGCAGUCGCAGCUGGAGAAAGCAAGCAGUCAAGGCUGUUCUACGGCUGGAGACGACGUCCAGGGUGCCUGUGUCUUGCUCUUUAGGAGAAUGCUCGCAGUGCACUCAGAUUUCUACGCAGAUCCUAGUGGUGGCAGUAGCUGUGCAGGGGAGAACACGCUGCAUGUGGAGAGGGGGGGGGUCGAAGUUGGAGCCCUUAAGCGUUUCUUCCUGGGCUGUGUUGGAGAGGGGUGGCAAGGAGGCACGAGUCAAGAAGGCACGAGUCGAGAAGGCACGAGUCGAGAAGGCACGAGUCAAGGAGGCACGAGUCAAACGCCCGUGGAUGCAUGCGCUCCUCCUACUGCCUUUGAACAAGACGCAUGCGGAGAGUCUGCGGCAGCACCUGUAGAGCCCGUCUACGAUCUGCUGCUCGAUGAUAAAACACUCCGCCGCCUGAGCGAAAAAGAAUUUCUCGACGAUACCAUCCUCGACUUUUGCUUGGGCUUCAUUGUCGAACAU